CGAGUCCAGUCACCCGCCGCGUCAUCCAACAUCCCUCCCACGACCAGUCCAUCCCAUCCCGGCUUCCCACCAGUCCACCCCGCAUGGACAUCUAGUACCGCACCCCCUGCACCCUCCCCAUACCCUCUCAGUAACACCCAAGCCCAUGUCAAUCCCUCCUCCCGGGCUGGGAGGCGGGGUCACCAGGACAGGCCCGCCCCCAGGCUUCGGCGGCGGCGGUCUCGUUCAUCCUCCUCCAGCACCCCCAGUGAAUGAUGCCAGCGUCGCAGGACCACCCCGAUCGCCUGGGACAAUUCCCUUGGAAGACGUCCUGUUUGAGCUCGGCGAGGCCAUGACGCAGGACGAUGCGACCGUAGAAACAUUAGCGCGGAGAUGGUGGACGCCGUGGCUGUUUGAAGGCACCCCAGACCAGGUCAGGAAGAAGGUGACAGAGGAGACGUGUCACGUAGUGCAUGGAUUGUGCGAGGGGGUUGCUCGCGGGCGUGCCGUUGAUCUACAUGGUGUCGUCAAGGGAUUGUCUGCCAUCGACGCUAUUUCGUGGCCCGACGUCAUCAAGUCUUUUGACACUCCGAUGACUAUUGCGGCGUAUCCCUCUUCUCUCCCCCUCCUCGUCUCCCUUAUCUGCAUUCCUCCUCAAAUACCGGUGCCGCCAAUGGCAGGUCUUUUGCCCGCCAAUCUUGACUCGCCCAUCUGGGAAAACAUCUCUUCGCUAUUAUCUGUCUUGUCCCACCUCACAAACCUUGCCCCCGACGCCAUGCCCAUCUUUACAAUGCCAUCCGCGCCCCCAUCCACCUUGUAUGCGCGAAUCGUCGAUCCUCCUGCUACGGAACAGGUCUGGAGCAAGGCGGCCCGUCAGCAAGCGAGAGACCUGCAGGGAGCAGGUUUGUGGAACACUUUGGGGUUGAUUCAGAUUCUAGUGCAUGCGUGCGCCUUGGCGGAGGCAGACCAUCACUCGGAGAGAGAGAGAGAAGAGCGAGCGGAAAUUGGAAGGAGGGCAACAGAGAUUUUGGAGAAGGCGGCCAAGUUGGCCCCAGAGUUGGUUCUGAUUGCGCUAGAAAAGCUUCCCAAACCCCUCCCCUCGCCCGUGGUGGUCCAGCAGACACGGCUUUUGGCAAUGUACCUGUCAACAAAGCCUACCGACAUUACUUCGUCUGCUCUGGUCUUCCAUCAGAUGUGGGAAAUCAACCCGGAUAACCUGCUUUCAGUGCUGUUGGAGUUUUAUGGGGAAGAUGAAAACAACCUUGGGCGGAUUGUGGAAAUUGGUUCGGAACUGAAGAUUCUCGGUCGACUUUUAGCCAUUGAAGACAAUUUUCACUUUGUGCUCGACGUUGCGGCACUUGCUUCCAAUCGCGAGCUUCUCAACUUGGAGCAAUGGCUGGCGGACGGUAUUGAGAUCAAGGGAGAAGAGUUCCUCCAGGAGAUCUUUGACUUUGUGGAACACAAAAUCCGACUCGAGUUUGAGCAUCAGCACCAACCAGAGACUGCGCCUCCCCUGCUCUUUACUCUUGGACCCACCGUCUACUCCAUCUUUAUCCGCGUGGUCCGAAACGCCCCCAACCUUGCUCGAGAAGAUAUCGGGCGUUUCAAGAAUCUUCGUACCGACAUCCUCAUCCUUCACCCCCGUCUCCUGAACCUUCGACCCAACAGCAAACAAGAACAAGGCUUUGCCGAAGCCAAGUUUGCCAAAGACGUCGUGGACAAGGUGGAUGAGAUUUACCAGAGAAUGUACGGUGGACAAUUGAAGCUGGAUGAGGUGGUAGAUGAGUUGAAGAGUUUCAAAAAGUCGGACGACCCGAAGGAGCAAGACAUCUUUGCUCAUGCUCUUCACUCGCUCUUUGACGAGUACAAGUUUGUCAAGUCUUAUCCUCCCAAGGAAUUGACCAUGACGGGUCUCCUUUUCGGUGCCAUAAUCGACUACCGACUCAUCAAAGACACUCCGGCCUUUGUCGCUACCCGAUACGUCCUGGACGCGUGCAAAACACCACCCCAUGAGCCCCUGUACCAAUUCGGUAUCAACGCGCUCAGUGUGUUGCGCAACUCUUUGGUCGAUUUCCCCGGCCUCUGUCGCUCCCUUCUCGAGAUCCCCGCGCUCCACGAAUCUCAUCCCGUUCUCAUCAAUGACAUUCAGCAGGCGCUUGUCGAACGGGAGGAGCUCGAUCUCCAAGGCGGCGUCAAACUCGCUUUCCCUGCCUUGAAACUUCCCGUUUUGAUCGAGGAAGGUGAUGACGAGUUCAAGGAGCCCGAGACGGGCAAGAAGGAUGCCAUUAUGUUCCAUGUCAACCAGAUUGCGCCCACCAACUACGAAGACAAGGCGAAAUCGCUCCUCGAGCUCUUUGAGAACCAGCACUCUCGUUGGUUUGCGCACUACUUUAUCGACGUGCGAGUCAGUCUCGAACAGAACCGGCACGAAAUCUACAUGCAGCUUCUCCAGAAGCUCGACUCUCCUAUCCUCGAUCGACAUGUCCUCUGGGAGACAUACAGGAAGGCAAGGGAGCUGCUGAAUUCGGAAGCCACGAUCAACUCCGCAUCCGAACGUGCGGUACUCAAGACAAUGGCCAUGUGGCUGGGUCGGAUCACUCUUGCGCAAAACAAGCCUGUCAGGUUGAAGGAGCUCUCCGUCAAGGAUCUCUUGAUUCAGGGUUACGACACCAAGCGACUUAUUGUUGCCAUACCCUUUGUCUGCAAUCUGCUCGCCGCGUGCAAGGACUCGGUGGUGUUCCACCCGCCCAACCCUUGGCUGAAUGCGAUCUUGCGACUUUUGUCCGAGUUCUACCACUUUGGUGAGCUCCGGCUUAAUUUGAAGUUUGAGAUCGAAGUCUUGUUCAGCAAAUUGAGCGUUGAACUGAGCUCAUUCGAGCCCUCCAACCUCCUCCGUAUGCACGUCCCGCCCCCUCCGCCCCAGGAGGAGGUGCCCAACAGGCUCGAUGCAGAGCUGCAACGCGCCACAAGCGAGUUGAUGAACGGCUCUCAGCGUCUCAGCGACUUGCCCGGAAACGAGGCUUAUGCCCGAAUCCAGCAGAUGCAGUCAGAGCAAGCUGUCCAAGCUGCCCAGGAUGCGUUGGCCAGGCGCGUCGACGAGCUCAUCGCUCAGCUGCCCGAGUACCUUAUCUUCAACCAAGAAUACCCCAUCUUCACCGCCCCCACCCUCAAGCGCAUUGUGCACCACUCGAUCGACCGGGCUAUCCGCGAGAUUAUCACUCCCGUCAUCGAACGCUCCGUCACCAUUGCUGGUAUCUCAUCUCGAGACCUUAUCCAAAAGGACUUUGGUACCGAGCCUGAUGCUAUCAAGAUGAGGCAGGCUGCCCACAUGAUGGUGCAGAACCUUGCUGGAAGCUUGGCUUUGGUAACUUGUAAAGAGCCUCUGCGCUCGAGCAUGAUUAACAAUGUCAAGUCUAUGUUAGAACAGAAUGGCUACACCGACGAGACCAUGCCCGACGUGAUGAUUGCCGGUGUCGUGAAUCAGAACCUGGAUGUGGCAUGUUCGGUCUUGAAGAAGGCGGCGAUGGAGAAGGCAGCCAAGGACAUUGAUGUCAACCUUGCCCCGCAGUAUGCCGCUCGAAAGGCCCACCAGAACUCGAGAUCUACUGCGCCUUUCUGGGAUGGCGCCUCCUUUGGUGUCGCCAUCUCGCACACGGCUCUCCCGGAUCCGCUCAAACUCCGACCAGGUGGACUCACCGCUCAGCAAUUCAGGGCUUAUGAAGACUUUGGAGAGCCCACAAGGAUGGUGUCGAGCCAGGCUACCAGUGGCGACUACCUCUCCUCUGCUUAUCAGAACCUUGCUCUCAAUGAUGGACUUGUCUCGGGCGAUAUCAAGCCUGCUCCUUCCCCUCGACCUGUCUUCCCCGAAGCUGUCGAUGAGGUUGCCUCUCCCCAGGCUAUCCCUCCCCAGGGCAGCAUCGACAAAUUCCACGAGCUUGCGGCUGAAAUCCAAAAGAUCAUUGCGCAGUCCAACGUCCAGAGCGUGGCUGCUCUUCCUGCCGAUCACGAACUUCGUGCCCUCAUUCGGGGCAUCGUCAUCAUCGCCAACCAGUCGGUUCACAGGGAGAACACCACACUGGCUAUCGCGCAAAAGGUUGUGCAACUUCUCUACCGAUCAUCCUUGCAGUUGGCGAGGGAGGUGUACGUGUUCUUGUUGCAGCAGCUUUGUGAAUUGUCUGCCAAGGUGAACAAGGAAGUGAAGCAGUGGCUUAUCUACGCCGAGGAUGUGAGGAAACUCAACGUCCCCGUCACUGUCACCCUCCUCCGCGCUCAAUCCGUCAGCGUACAAGAGCAAGACCUCGCUCUCUCGCACAUCGUCCUCCGCUCUUUCCCUCCCGAAGUCAUCGAUUUCAUCACCGAGCUCAUUCGAGAGUGCUCUGUCUCUGAGCAAGCCUUUGUUCCUCGACAGGCCUUCUCCCACAGUUUGGCGUCGCUUCUCAAGGCGCGUGAGGCUGGGCACUCUACUGCUGCUGCCGAUGCUUUGCUCGAAGAGCUUCGUGGCCCCCGAGAGCCUCAGUCGGCCGAUGAUGACAAGUCCAAAACUGUCGUCGAUAGCAAGCUGCAAGAGCGACUGGCCCAUUACUUUUUGGAAUGGGUCCGGGUGUUCAGCACUGGCAAGAGCCCCGAGGUCGCCUUUGUGCCCUACAUCACCUACUUGCAAAAGGAGGGCAUCCUCAGUGGAGAAGACAUCUCUUCGGCCUUCUAUCGCACGGCCAUCAACACAGCUGUCGACUUUGAUGGUGCCAAGCUUGCCACCGACGUCCCGCCCAAGUUUUACGGUGUCGAUGCUCUUGCCAAGCUCAUCAUCCUCAUCGUCAAAAACUAUGGGGACAAGUCUGGCAGCACUAGUGUCAGCCGAGCUGUCUACUAUUACAACAAGAUCAUCACCAUCAUGUCGUACUCUCUUGUUCAGAGGCAGCUUGCCAUGGGCGAGGACUUCAACCAACGCCCCUGGACGAGAUUCUUCACUAGCAUGCUGAGUGAACUGUCUGCCAUCGAGUACACUCUUCCCGAGACGUACCUCGGCUGCCUCAAGCACUUGGCCAACAAUCUGGGCAUCACGCAGCCUACGUAUGCGCCUCGAUUCGCCUUUGGCUGGCUUUCCAUCAUCUCUCACCGCCUCUUCAUGCCCAAGCUCCUUAGGACCCAAAGGGACGAGGGGUGGCCAGAGUUCCAUCGAUGUGUGAUGUGGUUGCUGAGAUUCCUCGCGCCUUUCCUGCAAUCCGACGAGAUGACUCCUUCAGCAAAGUCCAUCUUCAAGGGCACAGUACGAUUGCUCAUCCUCCUCCUGCACGACUUCCCCGAAUUCCUUGUCGAAUUCUACCACACCCUCACAACCGUCAUCCCGCCCCACUGCACCCAGAUGCGAAACAUUGUUCUCGCCGCUUUCCCGCCCACGGAAGUGCCUCUUCCGGAUCCCUACAGGCGCUUGGACCAACUCGUGCCAGAGAUGCAAAAGUUCCCUACCGUCCGAUCCGACUAUAUCGGUGCCUUGGCUGAUGGCAACGUCAAGGCUGCCAUCGAUCAGUUUGUAUCGAGUGGCGUUCCCCCUCUUCCUGCCAUCGUGGCGGAAUUGAAGAACAGGAUUGCUGUCAAGAGUCUUGGUCCUCAGGGAACUGCUACUAUCACGUGGAACCACACGUUGAUGCACGCUUCCGUCUUCUACCUCGGUACCACCGCGGUCACGCGAAAGUACCAACAGACUGGUAUCGUCGAGUUUGACGCCAAGGCGCCUGAAGUCGCCAUGUUGGCUGGAUUGGCUCACGCGUUUGACGCCGAGGGCCAAUACUACAUGAUCAAUGUCAUCUCGGACCAGUUGCGAUAUCCCUCCGCGCAUACCCUCUUCUUCAUCCACUUUAUCCUCUUCCUCUUUGGCACGAGCAUUCACCCGGAGAACUCGUCUGCCAUCCCUGAGCGAAUUGCCCGCAUUCUCCUCGAGCGAACGAUCGCCAAGCGCCCUCAUCCUUGGGGUCUGCUUGUCACGUUCAUAGAAUUGCUCGAUAAUGAGGCGUAUGGCUUCUGGAACCAGCCUUUCGUCAGGGCCCAUGACGACGUCUUUAGACUUUUCGGGGCGGUGCGCCAAAACGUAGCGGCGCUUAGAGAGCUGCAGUAAAAUGUUUAUUCUUUUCUCUCACUUUUUGGGGUCUCCUUUGCGCAUAUACAUAUUCCUGUACGAGCCCCCGGCAUUCAUCACUGAAUCUGCGUAUCUCUCCUAUCUCUACUUUCUCCGUUUAUACCGUUCUCUAUUCUCGAAUCAAUGUUUGUCCUACUAGUAGAACCCAAUUUCUCUCCCCAUUUAGCCAUUUGAAUAUAUAUAUCAUGGGUCUUGGUUCAGUACAUACAACAAUUUCCUCUCAUCUGUAGCAUCUAUCAUACCGGCGGAACACCAACGUUAGUAGAAUAGAUGAAUAAGAAAUGCAUCGACAAGUGACGACUCUGU